CCCACCAAACUUCUCUUCAAUGCAUUACCAUUCAUCAUGUAUAAGUUUACAUUAAUAAAGAUAAAAUAUUCAUUUUAAUACAUUGAUUCUGCAUCCUACUUGUAUGUAGGUAGGCUAUGUAAGCUCAAUACGAUGUUAUAGAAAUGUGACAGACCAACGAUUUGUCGUUCUUUUUGAAGGGCAAGUAGCAGACGUCCUAGUUCAAGAGAAUGGUUCAUUCAAUCUCGUUCAGUAUAACCCCAGGCUGUCUCGAUUCAAGUAGUCCGAUUCAGUCGGUCCUCACUCAUUCAGUGCACUCCCCAUCAACACACAAAGCUGGCAACCUCCUAGACCUGGUCAUCCUGAGGAAUUGCUCCUCCUCCGAUCCCACAGUGACCCCUCUGCACCAGUCCAACCACCACUUCAUUUCCUUCUCCCUCCCUCUUGCUCCCCUCCCUCCCUCCCCUCCAUCCACUCCUACUGUCAUGGUCCGCCAUAACCUCUGCUCCCUCUCUCCCUCCUCUCUCGCUUCCAGUGUCACUGCUUCACUCCCCACUUGAAUCCUUCUCCAACCUUCCCACUGACUCUGCAUCCUCCGCUCUGUCUUCCUCGCUCUCCUCAGCACUUGACUCUCUCUGUCCUCUAGUCUCCAGGCCGGCACGCUUGUCCCCUCCCAGUCCGUGGAUGUCUGACCCCCUCCGAACCAACCGGGCCAGCCUACGUGCAGCGGAGAGGAAGUGGAGGAAAUCCAUGGCUCAAUCCGACCUGUCUGCCUACCAGUCUAUACUAGCAACGUUUUCUACUGCUGUAACCUCUGCCAAAAUUAAUUAUUAUCAAACAAAAAUUCAUAAAUCUGCCUCUAACCCUCAUCAACUGUUCUCCAUUUUCUCCUCUCUCCUCAGCACUCCUUCCCCACCUCAGUCCUCCCUCGCUGCAGAUGACUUUGCAGUUUUCUUCGAUCAGAAAAUUGCAGACAUCCGCAGCUCCUUCACAUCCACCACCACCCUUCCCCACUCCCCCAUCUCUGUUCCCUCCCCUUGUUUCUCCACUUUCUCUCCCCUCACUGACUCUGAUGUUUCCCAGCUCCUACUCUCCCACCGCCCUACCACCUGUGCUCUUGACUCCAUCCCUUCCUCUCUCCUCCAGACUAUCACACCUGACAUCCUCCCGUUUGUCACCUCCCUUGUGAACUCCUCCUUGUCUUCUGGAUGUUUCCCCUCUUCUUUCAAGCUGGCCCACAUCACCCCACUGCUGAAAAAGCCCACUCUGGAUCCCUCUGUCAUCCAGAACUACCGUCCUGUCUCCCUUCUCCCUUUCCUAUCCAAAACAAUUGAACGAGCUGCUUCUAACCAACUCUCCUCUUUUCUCUUACUAAACAACCUCCUGGACCCCCACCAGUCCGGCUUCAGACCUGGCCACUCGACAGAGACCGCACUCCUCUCGGUCUCUGCUCGCAUCUCUGCUUGCCUGAGGGACAUCCAGAGCUGGAUGGAUAACCACCAUCUUAAGCUGAACCCAGGUAAGACAGAGAUGAUCUUCAUCCCUGCUCCAUCCUCUAACCUUCUUGACUUUUCUAUUUCCCUUGGGGACACUGUGGUGUCAUCAUCACCCACCGCAAAAAACCUUGGAGUGGUGAUGGACAACAGACUGUCCCUCUCCCAGAACAUCACGGCGGUGAGUCGAACGUGCAAGGUUCUUCCUGUACAACAUCCGGAGAAUCCGCCCCUUCCUCACCACCUACGCAACCCAGCUCCUGGUUCAAGCGAUGGUCCUGUCCCGCCUGGACUACUGCAACUCGCUGCUGGCUGGUCUGCCAGCAUCCGCCAUCAGACCCCUGCAGCUCAUCCAGAAUGCUGCAGCGCGUCUGGUCUACAACCUCCCCAGACAUUCCCAUGUCACCCCCCUGCUCACUGACCUCCACUGGCUGCCUGUUAUGGCUCGCAUCAAAUUUAAGACCUUGGUGCUUGUAUACCAGGCAGCUAAGGGGUCAGCACCAGGGUACAUCCAGAGGAUCAUCCGACCCUACACACCAGCCAGACCUCUCCGUUCUGCCACCUCUGGACACUUGGCACCUCCCCAUCUUCGCGUCUGUACUUCCCGCUCCCGUCUGCUGUCUGUCCUGGCCCCUCGCUGGUGGAAUGACCUCCCCGUGGCGGUCAGAACAGCAGAGAAUCUUACCACCUUCAAACGCAGACUAAAGACUCAUCUCUUCAGGCUGCACCUCUCCCCACCCCUCCCUAGCCUAUAGUUUAGCUCAAUGUACCUAGUUAGGAUAAUACGAUUAUGUUAGUUUAUUUGGCAGGAUUGUUGUUGUUGUUGUUUUUGUCUGAUUAGGCAAAUGUAAUUCCAGUACUAGUUUGUACUUGGUAGGAUUGUUGUUUGCUGAACAGGUUACUCUACAGGGUUGGAGUCCUGAUCGAUGUGGUCACUUCUGGCACUACGAUCCUUACUUCACUCUAGUGUGUUUCUUUUGCACCUCUACACCGUGAACCAAUGCACUUGUUGUACGUCGCUCUGGAUAAGAGCGUCUGCUAAAUGCCUGUAAUGUAAUGUAAUGUAAUGUUUACUGCAUUACGUAACAUUAGUG